AUGAUGAAUCAAUCAAAACGGGAACGAAGACAAAACAGGGAUCAAGAAGGAAGGGAAAACGUCAUUGAUUUUGGUACAAGCAAUGACUACUGGUCCUGGCGGGCACAAGAGUCAGCUGUCCAUUAUUUGAACCCAAAUCAAUCGGCUCCCCAACAACCAUGUUCUACAAACUUUCGAUGUUACGGAACAUCUAAUCAACCUCAAGAACCAAGAUCAGCAUCAUAUCGGAAGAAAAAUAGCACACGUACUGGUGUUCAUAUUGAACAACGUCCGCAUUCGGAUCAAAACGGGGUUCAUCAAAGUCCACGCCCUACACAAGGAGAAAAAAUACCUAAUGAUCCAAACCAAAGAAAUGAGUGUCGCUUGCCUCAUCAGAAAACACAAAAUAAUGUAAGCGUGAUCGCUAGUCAACAAACAAGCAAUGCACAUUUAAUAGUUUUGAAGAGUAUUUUUGAUAAAAUUAUUAUCAAGCAGUUCUUAUCCAAAACUAGUAUUGAAGUAGGACUACGCAUAUAUAAUCAAUUACGAGAUAUCAUUAUUUCCAAGAAGCCAGAUGCUCAAGUAGCUUUGUAUGGAUCAUUCUAUUUUGCUUGUUGUUCAAAUGAUUCACCUAUGAUUGAUGUUGAUGUUACAGUCAAUAAACUCCUACCUUAUAAUACUAUAACAGAAGUAUUUGAAAUCAUUCGGAAUUCGGGAGCUUAUCAAGAAAUGCGUUUAAAUACAGAUUAUGAUCCAUUAUGUAUUGAUUUGAUCGUGCGCAAGACGAAUAUCCGCAUACGAGUGACAUCAGAUAACAAGAGAAGCAUUUUUUCAUCUGAAAUAGUUCGUCUCUAUACAAGAUUCGAUCCACGUGUACUUCCGUUACUCCGACUCAUUCGAUUUUUUGCUAAGAUAUGCUCUCUGGAUAGACCUGAUUUGGGCACUCUUCAUCCAAUAGUAUUUCAUCUUAUGUUUAUCCAUUUUUUGCAACAAAUUGAAGAACCAGUUCUACCUUGUCUUCAUGAAUAUGCAAUAAAAUUUUCCAUGAAUCAAUUUAUUAUUUCUAUACAAACACGAAUGCCGCUGCAGAAAGAUCAAAAACAAAAAUUAAAUGGAAAUCUGUUUUGUGCAGACCCAAUGUUCAUCGAUAGAAAUUUAGGUUAUACAAUCAAAUCGAACUCUUCAUUUCGAUAUUUUCGACGAAUAUUCGAACAGACACUGAUAUACUUCUGUCAAAAGGAUUCAACAGAAUCAGCACAAAACAAUGCGAUAAUGAAAGAUGUGCAUCGAUCAUGUAAAUCAUUAUUUGCUACAAUAUUACAUAAAGUUCCACGCAGGGCAAGCUGCACACAAGAUGAUCUACGACAAGCAUACAAACAUACAUUUGAUAAUAGAAUGGAGGCAUUGCCAGAACCAAAACUUGUACCAAAUGAAAACAAUCUGUUAUCAAUAAUGGACGAAACAGCUGAGGAUACAGAUGAUCUUGAAGAAACAUAUCAAGAUGAUAUAGACACAGAUUGUGAACAACCGAUUUCGUUCGAGUUACUCGUUGAACAUCUCAACGAAGAGCAAAAACAUAUUGUAAAACUAGAAUAUCAAAGACAAGUACAUGAAUUCAAUCAAAAAAUGCGUGAAAUUGUCAAUGGUCUUCCACCACUGGUCGAUAAUGCAGCGAAUAAAUCACAACCCGAACAGCUCCCGAAAGAUUUGCUUGUUUCCACCAAUCAACAACCAAUUCAACUUGAACGUAUCAUUGCUACAAAUGUGCUGUCGUAUUUGGAAGCUAUUUCGUUUGAUGAUCAUGCUGACGUUUUUCAAGUGUUUCAAGAGAAAAAUUUUGGUGCUCGGACUGGUCCUCCGAAAGUUUGUAUCGAGUGUUUUCAAUCUAAUCACGUAAAGUCUCAGUGUCCCCUACUGUGCUUGCCAGGGAUGAUCGACUUGCCUGAAAUUGACAAAAAAUGGGCAAAUGCACUUUCUUUACUUUGCCAACAAAUUUCAGAGCAAGGUAAAUUGACUAGGGAAAGUAUCAAAACACAUGAAAACAUCAUCAAUUAUCUUGAAAUUGAAUUCCGAAAAAUGUAUCCCAGCUGUCGUAUGCAAGGAUAUGGUUCAUUCUACAAUGGAUUCGAUUUUCAUCAAAGUGAUCUCGAUGUUUGCGUUCUAUUGGAACUGAACAAACACGAAACUAACAUUCAAGUUCUGAAAAAUUUAGCUCAAUCUGUGAAGUUAAAUAAGAAAAUGUUCAAAAAUGUUGUACCAAUCCUAACUGCUAGAAUACCGAUCAUUAAAGCAAAGUAUUCUCAAUCUGGCACUGAAAUUGACAUUAGCCUAAAUAAUAUCCUGCCUCUUGAAAAUACUCGACUACUAAAAACGUACUCAAAUAUUGAUCCACGCGUACGUGAACUUGGUGUCAUGGUGAAAUAUUUUGCAAAAUUGCGUGAUCCUAAAUCAAUCGAAUCUCCGAUCACUCAAACAUGCGUCGGUUGGAAUGUGUAUUUCUAUAAUGAUUUAACAAAACUUAGCAAACUAUGGAAUAAUUAUGGAUUGAACAAAUUAUCAUCAGGUGAUUUAUGGAUUGAAUUCUUACGUUAUUACACCGAACGAUUUGAUUAUAAUAAAAAUAUUGUAACCAUUCGACAGUUUAAACCCUUAUUACGUAGGGAAAAUGGAUGGCUUCGUCCAACUAUUGCCAUCGAAGAUCCAUUCAUGUUGACUCAUAAUUUAGCUGCUAAAUUAUCUGUAAAAAAUUGGACUAAAAUUCUACGUGUUUUUAUUUUUGCUCGGCAACGAUUCUAUUCACAACCUGAAAGCAUCGAUUUUAAUAUAAGCAAACCGAACAUGAAGACAUUGCAGAAAUAUCUUUUUGAUCAACAACCUCUAUAUCAAAACACUAAUAUUAAACCAAAGAAAAUUAAUCCAGUCAUCGAUAAUCGAAAACGACAAGGGCGUAAUAAAAGCAACAGAGAAACACAAAAGAAAAGGAAUCCUUCACUUAUGGAAGUCAUUCCUACAAAUGGCGACGACGGGAACCUUAGUACACAGAAGCAGGAAGUAAACUUCUCUGGCCACUCUAUGAAUCGUACGUUCGUCAAUCGAAAAACACGAGUUGCUUGA